GCUGAGUCCCCGCGCCCCGGAGGGAUGGGGCAGGCGGCCGUGGCAGCCUAAGAUGCCGGCCAUGCGGGGGCUCCUGGCGCCGCAGAACACCUUCUUGGACACCAUCGCCACGCGCUUCGACGGCACGCACAGUAACUUUGUGCUGGGCAAUGCCCAGGUGGCGGGGCUGUUCCCCGUGGUCUACUGCUCCGAUGGCUUCUGCGACCUCACGGGCUUCUCCAGGGCCGAGGUCAUGCAGCGGGGCUGCGCCUGCUCCUUCCUCUACGGGCCGGACACCAGCGAGCUGGUCCGCCAGCAGAUCCGCAAGGCCCUGGACGAACACAAAGAGUUCAAGGCCGAGCUGAUCCUCUACCGGAAGAGUGGGCUCCCAUUCUGGUGUCUCCUGGAUGUGAUACCCAUAAAGAAUGAGAAAGGGGAGGUGGCCCUCUUCCUGGUCUCCCACAAAGACAUCAGCGACACCAAGACCCGAGGGGGCCCUGACAACUGGAAGGAAACAGGUGGUGGCCGCCGCCGCUAUGGCCGGGCAGGAUCUAAAGGCUUUAAUGCUAACCGGCGGAGAAGCCGGGCCGUGCUCUACCACCUGUCUGGGCACCUGCAGAAGCAACCCAAGGGCAAGCAUAAGCUCAACAAGGGGGUGUUUGGUGAGAAACCAAACCUGCCCGAGUACAAAGUGGCCGCCAUCAGGAAGUCGCCCUUCAUCCUGCUGCACUGCGGGGCUCUGAGGGCCACGUGGGAUGGCUUCAUCCUGCUGGCCACGCUCUACGUGGCGGUCACUGUGCCCUACAGCGUGUGCGUGAGCACGGCGCGGGAGCCCAGCGCCGCCCGCGGCCCACCCAGCGUCUGCGACCUGGCGGUGGAGGUGCUCUUCAUCCUGGACAUCGUGCUGAAUUUCCGCACCACGUUCGUGUCCAAGUCAGGCCAGGUCGUGUUCGCCCCCAAGUCCAUCUGCCUCCAUUACGUCACCACCUGGUUCCUGCUGGACGUCAUCGCGGCGCUGCCCUUCGACCUGCUCCACGCCUUCAAGGUCAACGUGUACGUCGGGGCGCACCUGCUGAAGACCGUGCGGCUGCUGCGGCUGCUGCGGCUGCUCCCGCGGCUGGACCGCUACUCGCAGUACAGCGCUGUGGUGCUGACGCUGCUCAUGGCCGUGUUCGCCCUGCUCGCCCACUGGGUCGCCUGCGUCUGGUUCUACAUCGGCCAGCAGGAGAUUGAGAACAGUGAAGCGGAGUUGCCCGAGAUCGGCUGGCUGCAGGAGCUGGCCCGCCGCCUGGAGACGCCCUACUAUCUGGUGGGCCGGUCGCCCGCAGACAGGAACGGCUCUGGGCCAAAUGACAAUUGCACUAGCAGCCCAGGCGAGGCCAACGGGACUGGGCUGGAGCUCCUGGGUGGCCCUUCACUGCGCAGCGCCUACAUCACCUCGCUCUACUUCGCACUCAGCAGCCUCACCAGCGUGGGCUUCGGCAACGUGUCCGCCAACACGGACACGGAGAAGAUCUUUUCCAUCUGCACCAUGCUUAUUGGCGCCCUGAUGCACGCAGUGGUGUUUGGCAACGUGACGGCCAUCAUCCAGCGCAUGUACGCCCGCCGCUUCCUCUACCACAGCCGCACCCGUGACCUGCGAGACUACAUCCGCACGCACCGCAUCCCCAAGCCCCUCAAACAGCGCAUGCUCGAGUGCUUCCAGGCCACCUGGGCAGCGAACAACGGCAUCGACACGGCCGAGCUGCUUCAGAGCCUCCCGGACGAGCUGCGCGCAGACAUCGCCAUGCACCUGCACAAGGAGGUCCUGCAGCUGCCGCUGUUCGAGGCCGCCAGCCGCGGCUGCCUGCGGGCCCUGUCGCUGGCCCUGCGGCCCGCCUUCUGUACACCGGGCGAGUACCUCAUCCACCAGGGUGACGCCCUCCAGGCCCUCUACUUCGUGUGCUCCGGCUCCAUGGAGGUGCUCAAGGGCGGCACGGUGCUUGCCAUCCUAGGGAAAGGCGAUCUGAUUGGCUGUGAGCUGCCGAGACGUGAGCAGGUGGUUAAGGCCAAUGCCGAUGUGAAGGGGCUCACGUACUGUGUCCUUCAGUGUCUGCAGCUGGCAGGGUUGCAUGAGAGCCUCGCGCUGUACCCCGAGUUUGCUCCACGCUUCAGCCGCGGCCUCCGAGGGGAGCUCAGCUACAACCUGGGUGCUGGAGGAGGCUCUGCAGAGGUGGACACCAGUUCCCUGAGUGGUGACAACACCCUCAUGUCCACGCUGGAGGAGAAGGAGACAGAUGGGGAGCAGGGCCCCACAGUCUCCCCGGCACCUGCCGAGGAGCCCUGCAGUCCCCUGCUGUCCCCUGGCUGCACCUCUGCGUCCUCAGCUGCCAAGCUGCUGUCCCCGUGUCAAACGGCGCCACGGCCUCGCCUGGGUGGCAGAGGGCGGCCAGGCAGGGCAGGGGCUUCCAAGGAGGAGGCCGGACCCUCUGCUCACCCGCGGACCCUGGAGGGGCUGCGGCUGCCCCCUGUGCCAUGGAUCGUGCCUCCAGAGCUCAGCCCCAGGGUUGUGGAUGGCAUUGAGGAUGGUUGUGGCUCCUCGGACCAGCCUAAGUUUUCUUUCCGUGUGGGCAAGCCUGGUCCAGAAUGCAGCAGCAGCCCUUCCCCAGUGCCAGACAAUGGCCUGCUUACUGUCCCCCUUGGGCCCAGCGAGACGAGGAAUACAGACACCCUUGACAAGCUCCAGCAGGCGGUGAUGGAGCUGUCUGAGCAGGUGCUGCAGAUGCGGGAGGGGCUCCAGUCCCUCCGGCAGGCCGUGCAGCUUGUGCUGGCUCCUCCGGGGGAAGCCCAGUGCCCGGCCAGCCCCUCAGAGCUCCUGCGGCCCCUGCGGGUGGACACCGAGCCUGGCUCCCAUGGCCUGCAGCCCCCAGCUGGCUCUGUCUCCAGCGGAACCUGGCCCCAUCCACGAGGACCCUCUCCUCUCCUGGCACCCUGGCCCUGGGGCCCCCCAGCAUCUCAGAGCUCCCCCUGGCCUCGAGCCUCUGCCCUCUGGGCCUCUGCCUCUGACUUGGAGCCCCCUGCCUCAGAAGAACUCUGCUCUGAGUCCAGCACCCCAGCCUCACCGCCUCCUCCCGAGGAAGGAGCCAGGACUGGUGCCCCCGAGUGUGUGAGUCAGGCCGAGACCACCAGCACUGGAGAGCCCCCUCCGGGGCCAGGGGGCCUGGCCUUGCCCUGGGACCCCCACAACCUAGAGAUGGUGCUCAUCGGCUGCCAUGGCUCUGGCUCGGUGCAGUGGACCCAGGAAGAAGGCACCGGGGUCUGAGCGCCACCUCCGGCCUGUGCGCUGUGCCCGUGGCUGCAGGUAUAGCAAGGUGGCCAGGGCUCUGCCUGCCAGGCCUGCUUUCUGCCACGCCCCAGCCUCAGGAUGCUGUGCUGCCCGCUGGCUCAGGGUAGGGAGCUGGACAGUACUAUGCUGCAGCACCUAGGCCAGGCUGGGGAUCUUUAGGGACCCCCUCCUGGGAUCCCCCAGGUCAG